UUCCCAGGGCGGAAAAAGGCAAUAACGCCUGGGUCAUUCCCUAGAACGCCCGGAUCUGGUGAAUAAAUUAUGCAAGUAUUGUAUAAAUUAUUUGGGUUAAAUUACGUAAAGCAAGCUGAUGGUUGGGUGGUUAUUUUAAAAGUUCUUCACUUCCUCUCUUCAAUUUGAACGCAUCGUUGCCAGUGAUAUGUAAAUUUGUGGAAACGCAAGGUUUUAUUGUCUGCAUAGCUCGAGAAAAUAUUUAAAGCAUUGUCCAUUUGCCAGUUCGAUGCAUCAAAGAUCACGACCAGCGCACACCUUUCAUUCAACUCGUUCAACUACAAUCGGGACAAGUUCGUGGUGUGUAGGGUAGAGUAAGCUCAUUAUGUCCGAAGAUAUUUAUAUUGAUGUCAACUAUCUUACGGAAUCAGAAAGAGAUAUCAUCCUUCAAGUGCUUGCCAAAGACGAGGAACUACGGAAGCAAGAAAAACGUCGAAUAAGCACGCUGAAGAAUGAACUAGACCAAAUAAAGAAGAACGGAGCGAGUCAAGAGGAAAUUGAAACAUCUCGCAUUUGUGCUAGAUGUCGAUCUCCGCUCGGUUUUAUAAUCAACUGUGGUGCUUUGUGUCCGAAAUGCGAGGCAAGGGUAUGCAAAGAUUGCCGAGAAAUGACCAGUUAUUCCUGGCUUUGUAUUCUGUGUGCGAAAAUCAGGGAAGUCAGGGCUGAAUCAGGUGCUUGGUUUUUUGAGCAAGAGAGGAGAAAAGCUGAUAGGCCACAGCUUUAUGGCUCAGCUUUAGUGCGUGCUUCCUUCAGGAGAGCAAAGCCUAGUGCAUCUCAGGCGAGAAAUGGAGUCAAAGAUGGUGAUCCAGGUUCACCCCCAGUGAUCACACUCAAUCUUAGCAAUCAUGGAAGACUUCACAGACCAGUGCCAGUUCACAUGUCACGUCUGGCUGAGAAAGAUGUGGAAGAAGAAGACAAAGGGGAAGAAGGACAGAAUGCUGUAGAGAUAAAUCAGAACUACAAGCAGUAUGUUAAAGCAACCAGAGUUCCACAGAAACCAGAGGAAGAGCAACAUGAUCCAGAUGAGGAAGAGAAGAGUUCAUCCUCAUCAGCUACUUCUACCCCUAGAGGCUCACCUGUGAAUGUUCUGGACAGUGAUGUCUUUGAAGUCGCUAAUCAGGAAGAGACAGUAUUUGAGCACUUGAAAAACCAAGAUCUUCACAAGAUUGAAGUAGAGGAGGAGGCAGAAGAAGGAACAACAGAACAAAACGUGCCAGACUGGAAGGCAAAUGUGACAAAUGGAGAUGCCAUUGCUAAUGGAUACAGCAUGGAGGAAGCUCAAGGUUACGAAGAAAAGGUGAAAGAUUGGAGGAAUGACAGAGAGGAGGAGAGUUCACAUAUUGACCAACAGCCGAAAGAUCAUCCAGUAGUCGAGGUCAAGACAAAGUGGCAUGAGGUAGCAGAUGAAUGGGGUGGGACAGGAGACAGCUAUGACCAACCAGCACCAGACAGUUACCUUCACAAGCAGUUCCUAAGUGUGAGAUCAGUGUCACCAGAUUCAGAGACAACUGGCGAUUUUUUUACUCCCCUUACUACCCCCCUGCACUCUGGAACAGGGACUCCUGCCCUGUCAGAUUAUGGACAAAGUGAUGGGAUGGGAUCAAGUUCUGAUGUGUAUGAGGAUGCCGGGGAUGCCACACCCGUCGAAGGAGACAGAACUCCUGUUUCAGAGCCAGAGAAGGAUGAUGUGGAUAACAUUGGAGAUGUGACUGUUACUAACCCUGAGAUCAAGUGCACGAGUCCUGAUAUUGCUGAACCAGAAGAAGGACACACGACUCCAACACGUGAUGAUGAUAUUGACAAGGCUUUUGCCAUGUAUGAAAAAGAUCACCCAGGCCCAAAAUCACUUCAAGAACAACUUAAUAUCCUCAGCAUGGGUAGUCGUGAGAGUAUUGUGAGUUAUUACAGUGAUGCCGGUGAAGGUCGGUUUGGCAAUGUAGCUGUCACGGGUGAAGUGCUUUUUGGAUUGAAGUACAACAAGCACAAACACCAACUGGAAGUACAGAUUCACCGAGCUAAAGACAUCGCAGCCGCAGACGAGAAGAAAGGACGAUCAGACCCGUAUGUCAAAGUGUACCUUUUGCCGGAUAAGACGAAAGGAGGAAAGCGCAAGACGAAGACAAAGAAGAAUACUUUGAAUCCAGAUUUUGACGAAAUUCUGACGUUUAAAAUAGGGUUUGAAGAGAUGUUGACGCGCACACUUUGGCUGGCCAUGUGGAAUCACGACACGUUUGGACACAAUGAUUUCUUGGGAGAAGUGAUGUUGCCUUUAGAGACUUACCAGGAGUCGGGCUUCAGCUGGGAUGAUCCCUCACCAAACUGGUAUCCACUUCAUGAGAGGCGGCCAGAGCCGUCCCUUAUGUCGUACUGCGGAGAUUUGACGGUGUCAUUGAUGUAUGAGCCGGGCGAGGAGUCCAGCAAAGACAAGAAGAAGAAAAAGAAAUCAGGCGGAAAGUUACAUAUCCAGUUGAAAGAAGCAAGGAACUUACCAGCUAAGGACUCCAAUGGCUUCUCAGACCCCUUCUGCAAAAGGAAUUUACCGAAGCUGUUUGACAACAACCCAAGUGAAACGAAAUCAGAGGCUAAGUCAGAAGUUGACGAGGCUGUCGAGAACRCGCAAACACCGGAAGAGGUACCCUUAGUUUCCUCGCAUGAAAAUCUUGCUUUUGAAGAGGAAGAUAAACAGUUGGAGCCAAAGGAUACCUCGGCAGAUUCAACUACUUCUACCAUGGAAACUACGCUGGAAUCGAUUGAUAGCGAAGGAAGCCAUGACUUAAAAGAUUCCCAGCAAGAGGGAGAUGAUUCUGGAAUUUCUGUGAGUCACGUGAACGGAAGUGACGUAAGCCCUACAGCGCAAGGAACAACAACAGGCGGCGGCGAGGAUGACCAAAACCAUGAAGAAUCAGAACACCAUAUGCAACCAGUUCUAAAAUCUAUCAGUGCAUUCGCCAUGAAUUUCAUGGUAGUUAGUCCUCCAGAAAUUCAAGUGGACAAACCUCUGACAUUAUCCGCGGCUGCUAAGGGACUGGACAAGAAGGACGCUCCACCACCCUCUCCUCCCCCGUCCCCAAGGCGACACACGGAGCAUAACAUCAAAAACACAAUCGAGAAGAACACAUUAUUGCCCGAAGCAGCACUGAUCAAACGCCGUCAUAGUGACUUUGCGGUGUCGGCUCCAAGACCUAUUAAUGAAGAACUGGCCAUAGCGGAUUUGAAGAAGCGUGGGUCACCAGAAACAAGCUCAGCUAGGAAAGGUUCCCAACCGGACGUUAUCAGAGUGGCUAAAGGUCCUCAGUGGUCGCCAAGUCUGGAGCGGAGGAAGAUUGAAGAAGCAAAGAAAGGAAAAAAGACCGAAACGAGGAGGAAGACCCUGGCAGAGUUAGCUUUAGAGGCUGGCUAUACACCAUCCCCCGAAUCAACAGAACCUUCGGUUGCUCAUCCCAAAGCGCUGCAGGUAACCAAAGCCGAGGCUUCGAGGGGAAGCAACGAAAGUUUGCUGAGUGAUCCAGGUGAGGAGCAUUACAGCAGUGUUCCUGUAACUGGCGAACUGUUUGUGAGCCUGCGUUACGAGAUGCCUUCAAAAAGGUUUGAAGUACAUGUCCAUAGUGCUAAUAAUCUGGCCUGCGCUGAUGCCAAGAAAAGCUCGUCAGAUCCUUAUGUGAAGUCGUAUCUCCUGCCAGACAAACGAAGCAAGCGCAAGACGAAACCAAAAAAAGACACUCUAAAUCCACAUUUUGAUGAGGUUUUGGAGUAUUUUAUCGGUUAUGACGAACUACUGACGAGAAUAUUAUGUCUGAGUGUGUGGCACAAGUCGAUUGCACGAAACUAUUUCUUGGGAGAAGUUAAAAUUCCAGUGAAUAACUUCGUGGAAGCAGGGAACUCACUGGAACAACCUAUAGCGAAAUGGUUUAACUUAACAGAUAAGACUGACGAAACAGAUGGAUUGCCUUCCAUCCCCUGUGAAUUAGUUCUGGCUUUGAAGUAUGUCACCGCUGACAAAGUGAAAAAGAGGGGAAGGCACAAAGGUGAAUUACACGUUCACCUCUUGGAGGCCAGGAAUCUGCCUGGAAUGGACGCUGAUGGAAUGUCGGACCCUUACUGUAAAUGCAUUCUAUUACCAGACAAGAAAGGCAAAUUUAAACACAAGACACCCGUGAUCAAACGAACCCUGAAUCCCACAUUUGACCACAAGUUUUCCUACGAUGAACUUUCUCCUGACGACCUGAAGGAAAGGGUUUUAGAGAUCACCCUCUACGACUUCGAUCGCGCUUCCAGUGACGAGUUCCUUGGCGGCGUACGGUUAGGCCUGGGCACGAGUUCCAACGAGUGGGAUGACGCAACUGAAGACGAAUGCCAAAUAUGGCAAACCAUGUUGAGUCGCUCCAAUGUGUGGAUUCAGGUUGUCGUUCCGUUAAGAUCCAGUAUGACGCCGAAGAAAAAACAAUGAAGAUUGUAACACGCCAAACAGUUUACUUAUCUUCCAAUGGCUGAAACUUAGAGCCUGCGCUCCUGGUGGUCAGUGGUUGAAAUUUAAAAUUGUAGUCUCGCUGAAUCGAUAGCAAUGAAACUUGUUUAUAGUUGAAACAUGCAAGGAAUGGACUGAAAAUGCGAAAGGAAAAACAGUCGUCAGUGCUAAAAUAUUUAAAUAAUUUAAUUAUUAUAAUAUCAACUUUUUCAUUGAAUCUCUUUCUAUCAGCAAUAAGAGGUAAUUCAUCUCUAAACAGAUCUAGAAAUUCAGGAGCACAUUAUCUCGAGCAAAAAAUACUUUUAAAGGCGACAUAGAGCUGUUAGACAAUCUAGCGGCUUACGUUUGGUCUCUCAGUGUCAGGAACUCUGAAUAUAUAUGUAAUUUCUCCUCCAAGCACUAAAGCUAACUUCAUCAUAAAGUUAUAUAUGAGAAUUCAAAUUCAAUAAAAAAUCACUCAGGUGAAAAUGGUUUUGAUUUAUGGCAACACUCUCCCAAACGGACCAUGAGAAAUGAACGUAGACUAAUUAGAAGAACUUCGAUUCCAUGUUGAUGCUCGCCGGCUUGGAGGUUCUGACUUAGAAAUUCUGGGUCAUUAGAUGUAAAAAUCUGAAAUGAAUGCCAUGACUAAUUAAAUGCGCAAAUCGAGAAAGCGUUUUUAUGCUGGGUUGUGUUCUUGUAUAGGAAAGAAGCGUUUGAGUUAGGAAUAGAUAGAACGAAGAAUUUUGCAGUUGACUCAAAACGCAAUUAUCAUUUAAUACGUAUAAUCUUCAUUUCAUAGGGGGUUAAUAUUUCUCGUUAACUAGAGAGGCAGAAUAUUCUCUCGCCAAGAGAACUCAAAGCAGUAGCUUCUAGCUAGGUCUUUUCUAAGCUUCAAAAAUAAACUGAAGAGAAUUGAAACGAGUGCCAACUCCCUUGUCUGCUGGUCUUUAUUUACAUUUAAACUAGUUUACCUAAAUGGUAAAACAUGCUGCCGAAGGGAAGGAGGAUGUAAGGAGUGCUAAUGCAGAGCAGAGUUGUUUCCAAACAUAACUCCUGAUCGUCGGUAACAGAAAUCAACGGUACCCGGAGGUUUCGUACCCAGUUUUAGUCGGUUUCGUACCCAAUCUCAGGACACUUCGGACCUAUGCCAACAUUUUGAGCGUAAAACAUUAUCACUGAAUAUUGUCGGCUGGGAAACAAACAAACAAACAAAAAAAAAUUCGGCAGGCAAAUCAACAGGUCGUCAUAAGUUCUCGUGCCGAUGUACAUAAGUGUCUUGUACAUGUGUGUCUUGAGGAAGAUACUUAAAUACUCUCGCAGUACUUCGAGAAAGUCGAUUAACAAUCAUCCAAAAUGAAAAGUGAUGGAGGUAUCAAUUUGUCUUUUGCUUACAUUUUCCGGAGUUCUCAAGAGUUUGGUCGAUGUCAAAACAGAUAGACAUAAAAUGUAAACCAGGCUAAUUAAAACU